AUGGAGCCAGACAGGACUCAGAUAAAACUUGACCCCAGGUACACGGCAGAUCUUCUGGAAAUCCUGAAAACCAAUUACAGCAUCCCCUCUGCCUGCUUCUCUCACCCUCCGACUGCAGCCCAACUUCUGAGAGUACUGGGCCCUAUGGAAAUUUCCCUCACGGUCAUCAUGACCUUGCUUGCCCUGGGCUCAAUUGCCAUCUUCCUGGAGGACGCUGUGUAUCUGUACAAGAACACCCGUUGCCCCAUCAAGAGGAGGACUCUGCUCUGGAGCAGCUCUGCACCCACGGUGGUGUCCGUGUUCUGCUGCUUCGGGCUCUGGAUCCCUCGUUCCCUCAUGCUCGUGGAAAUGGCCAUAAACUCGUUUUACGCGGUGUGCUUCUACCUGCUCAUGCUGGUCAUGGUGCAGGGCUUCGGCGGGAAGGAGGCAGUCGUGCGGACGCUGCAGGACACCCCGAUGAUGAUCCACACGGGUCCCUGCUGCUGCUGCUGCCCCUGCUGCCCCAGACUCAUGCUCACCAGGAAGAAGCUUCAGCUGCUGAUGUUGGGCCCAUUCCAGUAUGCCUUCUUCAAGAUAACACUGGGCCUGGUGGGCCUGUUUCUCAUCCCCGAUGGCAUCUAUGAGCCAGCAGACAUUUCUGAGGAGAGCACAGCCCUGUGGAUCAACACUGUCCUCGGCGUGUCCACCCUGUUGGCUCUCUGGACCCUGGGCAUCCUUUUCCGUCAAGCCAAGCAGCACCUGGGCGAGCAGAACAUAGGAGCCAAAUUUGCUUUGUUCCAGGUGCUGCUCAUCCUGACUGCCCUGCAGCCAUCCAUCUUCUCAGUCUUGGCCAAUGGUGGGCAGAUAGCUUGUUCACCUCCCUUUUCCUCUAAAAUCAGGUCUCAAGUGAUGAAUUGCCACCUCCUCAUACUGGAGACUUUUCUGAUGACUGUGCUGACACGAAUAUACUACAGAAGAAAAGAUGACAAGGCUGGAUAUGAACCUUUCUCUUCUCCAGACCUGGAUUUGAACCUCAAAGCCUGAGUUGGUGGCUUAGACAAUGAAAGACAUGUACUCAUGAGAUGGGCACAAGAUUUCUUCACUGUCCCUCAACAUUGACCAAAUGGGGAAGGAUUCAUUGUCAGCACAAGCUGGCCAAUUACAUUGGAGUAUAGAGGUGAAGCUGAGUUAUGCAAUUGCUUUAGAUGAAAUUGUUUUGGAUCUUGCCUGGGAAAGGUAAUUUAGUUUUAUAAUAGACAAAUAGGAUGGAGUUUGAAA